GUGGUGAGUGGGUAAGCGAAUGGGUGAGUGGGUAUGUGUUCUUGUGACCUGCAGUGUGGUGAGUUGGUGAGCGAAUGGGUGAGUGGGCGUGUGUCUGCGGUUAGCUCGCUGGAAUCAUAGUUCAAAUUAGACACUGUAGAUUGAUUUAGAUAGAUUUGAUUUGUUUCGGCAGAAAGGGCCCAAUGAGCUGCUAGAAUAUUAUCUCAUGGGCGUCCUGUGAUGGUACAGAUGUGAUACAGCACAGAUGUUGGUGACAAAAUCGGGGCGCGACACGCACGGCGGCGAGUAUCGGUACGCGUGCCUCACACGUCACAGCGAAAGGGGAAUCGGUCGACAACGCCAACAACAAACAAACAACAAAAAACGACUACGCCGUUUUAUGAACAGCAAUAAAAGGAACGAAAAAAUGCUAUCUGACAAAAGCAAAACGCAAUCAGUGACCGGGAACCCUAAGUAUGAUCCAGAAAAUUUCCUGAAAACGACUCAAUUGGGAUUACGCAGAACAGCCUCCUACUUUGAAUGCCCUCCUGAUAAGAAAGAGUGCCGAGCCUCUGUGAGGCUUUGCUCGGUAAACAGCGUGGAGUGUAAUGAGAACAGCGGUCAUGUAAGCGUCGUUGUAAUGCGAUGCUUUCUUGGCGCUGUGGGGGACAGCCUUGAGACAGUGGUGAUGUCUCAUCGCCUGAUUGGGUUUAAUUUUCCUGGUCCCCCCCCCUCCCACACCCUUAACGCACACACGGCCUCUUAAAAAUGCAUCCGCCAGAUUCCUACGAUUAAAUUACUGCGUGAAUUCAAAAGCGAACUGCUCGAGGGUUCUUUAAAUUUGUUUGAUUCAAACACCACGCGUGAUGAAGGCAGACUCACUUCUGGCUUCACAAUGUAGAGGCACAGCAUUUUCUCUCAACGGGACAGUGCUGUGAACAUGCAAGCUAUGCGGCGCUUUGCAGACAUCAACGGCUGCUUGCUUGAGCCACAGUGACCAACGCGCUAGCCGCCGGUGUCUGCUGCCAUCACGGAACAUAUCCGAGCCAGAGCCAGCGUCACCCCCUACCUGCAAACACCAGUGACUCAAGCUACUCAAUUCGGAUUACACACGACGUAUGUACGUAUGUACGUGUGUACGUUGAACUUAUUUCGCGCCGUACAUAGCCAACCGUGCUAGUCGGAGGUACGGGGAAGGGAAUCGCAAAGUAAUGAUGUAAAUAAGCAGUCGGUAUAAUAUUAAUAUUAUAUCUCCUCCAUAAAUCUGUCUUGUGUACAUCGCGUAGAGAGGAUCGAAACUGCACGUGGCCCCGGGAGCAUGAGCCGUGAGCAGGAGCAGCAGCAGCAGCAGCAGCAGCCCAAGACCGCGGGCGCCCGGCGCUGCCUGGGAGGAGGGGGAGGGAUGGUGCCCCCCUGGCGCGCCGCCUGGGAGCUGCUGAGCUGCGUGACGCGGCUGCGCGACCCGCGGAGGAAACGGGCGGCAGCGGCGGGCGGGGAGCGCGCCGACCGUGCCGUGGCACCGCGCCUGCCGGAGGCGGCCGCGCCGCUGGAAGCGCCUGCCGACGCCAACACCGUUGCCGGUGAGGCUGCACCGUCGGCGUCGGAUCGUCCCUCGGGCACCGGUAGCCCCCAUGCUCCCCGACGGGCCUCACGGCCCCAGGGGAAGACGCCCCCCGCAGCGUCUCGCUCUGCCACCCCUCCCAGUGCCGCCGCCGUGGCCGCCGUGGCCACGGCUCACCCCGGCACCACCAGCAAGGGCUGCUCGAGCGCCCCGGAGCGGCAGAGCGACGACCCGUCCGCGCGGCCCUCCGGCCUCUCGCGCCUCCUGGCGAGCGCCCUGCGCGCCAGCCGCGGGGCCCGGCCCGGGGAGCGUCCAGCCGGCGAGGCGCCGGCCGCCGUUCCGUGCCGGCACGCGGCCGCGGGCUGCUCGCACGGCGCCGCCUCGCACGCCGAGCGGCGAGCGCACGAGCAGAGCUGCGACUUCCGCCCCGGCGCGUGCCCCUGCCCCGGGGCCGCGUGCCCGUGGCGGGGCCCCGUCAGGGACGUGAAGGCCCACCUGCAGGCCGCUCACGACACCAUCGGCACCCUGCAGGGGGAAGACAUCGUGUUCCUGGCAAGCGGCGUGGACCUGCCUGGCAGUGCCAGCUGGGCGAUGAUGCAGUCCUGCCUGGGGCAGGUGUUCCUCCUGGUGCUGGAGAAGGAGCCGGCGUGGGGAGCGCAAGCCGAGUUGAGGAGCGAACCGGGCAAGGACCCGAGGGAGAAGGCGGACGAACGGCCGCGCGGCCACGCACGUCCCGCCCCGGCCCCCGGGCAUCCCCUACGACGACGGGGAGUGGCCUCUCCGAGGGGACGGGGAUUCGUCCGGCCCCAGGGCCGGACGUCGUCGUGGCAGGAAGCGGCCGCCCCCCCCGGACGCCCGGAAGUCGGCCCCUUCCCACCGCCCGACGGGAGGGACGUCGCCCAUCCCGGGGUCCGGCGGGACGGCGGGCGGGACGGCGGGCAGGUCGGCCCAGCUCCCAGGCCGCACGGAGCGCCGGCCUCUGGCGACCGGACGGGCAUGCCGUCCGCGCCACCCCGCGCGGGGGACGCCCCGCGGGACUGCAGCGGCGUGUCGCUGGGGCCCGGCGGGUACGGCCACGCCCCGUGCCAGCAGCACUUCCUGGCCGCCGUGGCGCUGAUCGGCAGCCCCGAGCAAGCCGAGGCCUUCAGCUACCGGCUCGAGCUGAAGGCGGAGGGGGCGCGGAGGCGGCGGCUCUGCUGGGAGGCGCCGGUGCGCUCGGUGUGGGACGGCAGCGCGUCGCCCGCGCUCGCCAAAGGCGGCGGCUGCCUGGCCUUCGGCGCCAGCUUGGCGUGCGUGUUCACCGCCGAGCACAGCCUGGCCAUCGGAGUCCGAAUCACCAAGCGUUGAGCUCCCAUGCCAGCAGCACGGAACUGCCGGACGACGCGGUUGCGUCCGCGUAAGCGCUUGUGUACAAGCACGGGACGGGAGCUGACUUAUUUAACGCUGCCCUCGUCAUCGGCCACGGCCGAUUCAUGGCUGGAUUAAGGCCACCACCCUCCCACGAUCCUAGGGUGUCGUACAACACUCGGGCACCCGCGCACGAGCAGAUUUCGUCAUUCCGUCUCCGCGGUGAACGUCCUCUCGUACGCAUAACAUUGCCUUGUGUGACAGGAUAAAACAUAAAACAGGCUCGUGUUUUUUGGGUUAUGACCCCUCUCGAGGGCAGAAGAGGGAACUGACCUUCAGCUGGAGAUCAAACAUUUCGGUGUGGUGCCUCGAAAAGCCAGCAGUGUUUGCAAGGCCUCCACACUGUAGCGUGUGAUUUCUAAUCGCACGCCAGUCAUCUGUUCUGUCGCCAUCGCAUGCCAUCUCUUUUUCUGGUAUCGUGGCAAUUUUACCGACGUGGGUCGCGGGGUUAUUUCUAUCGGAACGUUAAAUCAACGGUCGCAUAACAAUGAUGGGAAGAUCUGCUCAUUUGUAAUGAUGGAAAAUCCUCACGUUUUUUUCCCCCCAAUAUAA